AGUCGUUCAGCAUUGAUGCGUUCCGGAUCACGAGUUGACCGCAAAGUCGGCCUUUUGCUUUUGUAUUUUCGUUUGUGGCUGACACGUCACGUCGCUGUUAUCCGAGCUAGCUGGCGUUACCAUCAUCUCGGUCGUGUGUAAGAUGUAGACGUCUUUUUUUUCCUUUUUUUUGUAAAUGCACUUUUGCUAGCCUCCUUCGGGUUCGACGAUACUUUUUCCAGAUCCCUUGAAUUGCCCGUGGUUCGGGAAGCAGCCGCUUCGUUAGCCUUCUCAAGAGGCUUCUGCUCCACUAGAGCUGCUAGCUGCCUGUGCUUAGCGGAGGCAAACCUCAAAAGAGCCAUUUCGUCUAUUUUAAUGUGGAGAAGAUGAACCAAGUGAAAAUGGAAGAAUCAGCAGAAGAAGAAAAGCUUGGCGAUUUGCCGGCUGAAGACAAAUUGUGUUGGAAUGAAGUCCAAAGAGACGGAGCCCCCGAGUCCAAGUCGUGCUACUAGUGUGCCACACUGAUGUGAGCAGCCGCCCGUCACAGCUCAAGUGCCCUUCCCCAGGCAAAGUCCCGACGGCGCCGCCCAAACGACGGCACCGCUGCAUGCUGUGCGAGCGCGACUUCACGUGCCCGUCGCGCCUCUCUGACCACAUGGCGGCACACUUUGGCGAGAAGCCACACGUCUGCCCUGUGUGCAGCAAGCGCUUCAGCAAGAAGAUCAACGUCAAGGUGCACCAGCGCGUGCACACGGGUGAGAAGCCCUACGCCUGCCCGGACUGCGACGCCCGCUACGCCCAGCUGGGCUGCCUGCGCCGCCACCGCCUGCGACAUGCCCCGCAGAAGCCGCACGUGUGCGACCAGUGCGGCCGUGCCUUCCUGCAGCGACGAUACCUUCUGCAGAGAAGGUGGCCGCCAACGCAGGCAAAGUACUUAUUUGCCCAAAGGAAGAAGACACUAACCGAUGGAGGUGCCACGUGGAGGACACUCGUUCACGUACAUAGCUAUUGCCACCAGCGCGUGCACACGGGUGAGCGGCCGUACGCCUGCGCGCUGUGUCCCAAGCGCUUCGCCUCCACGGCGGGCCGCUCGGAGCACCAGCGCACGCACUCUGGCGACGCCUACAGCUGCACCGUGUGCCGCAAGGUCUUCACCACGCCAUCAGCCUUCCGCGACCACGCCACACUGCACACGGGCCGUAAGCCGCAUCCCUGCUCCGUCUGUGGCAAGAGCUUCAACCGGCCAGGACUGCUCCGAAAGCAUCUACAGAAACAUGCGGACGCCGCCGCGGAGGACGAGAGGGACAGUGUGGAGGAGGAGCCUUUGCAGGGUGGGAUUGAGGAGUCUUUGCAGGACCGCUCUUCGUUGCCAGCGGAGGGCUUGUCGCGCCUGAAGAAGAAGAAGAAGAAGAAAGUCCACGAGUGUCAGCUGUGCGGUCGCAUCUUCUCCAGGCCGUACAAGCUGAAAGAGCACCUGGAGGUUCAUGCCGCCACGCGGCUGCACGGCUGCUCGGUGUGCGGCAAAAGCUUCGCCAAUGCAACCAACCUGAAGGCCCACGAGAAGAUCCACACGGCCGACCGGCCGCACCGCUGCCACGUCUGCUCAAAGUGCUUCCUCAGGCCGUACGAGCUGCGCAAGCACCUCAAGACCCACGAGCGCCAGGAGCUCCUGGACCUGCCCGCCCUUCCUGCCGGCGCGGAGGUAGGAGAUGCGCAAGCUCAGACGAAGGAGCUCCCCAAAGAGGAGCAGCGUCCUGGUAACCGUGGCGACCUGGACAGCAGGGUGGGUGAGCAGCGGGAGGAGGAAAUGGUCAACGGUCUCAUCAACUCUGAUGGCGAAGAAGAGGACUGGAGCCCCACCCUCAUCCAAUCAGACGGCACGACGGGGAUGACGAGGGUGAGGGCAGCAGCGAUGCGGUGGUCUGGCGAGGACAAACGUGGCUACAUGUGUCCCGUGUGUAACCGCGACUGCUUCAAGGCGUCGGCGCUGCAAAAGCACUUACGCAUCCACUCGGGCGAGCGACCCUUCCAGUGCGCCACCUGCAAGAAAACCUUCACGCAGCAGGUGCACUUGAAGGAGCACCGCCGAAUCCACACGGGCGAGAAGCCCUACGCCUGCUCACUCUGCACCAAGACCUUCACCUUCUCCAGCGCGCUGCGCCGCCACCAGCGACUGCACGGGGAUGCGCGCCCCUUCGCCUGUCAUGUCUGUGCCAAGACCUUCAAACAGGCCGCCUCGCUCAAGAGCCACAUGCUGGUGCACUCGGACGUGCGCCACCACUGCCCUGUCUGUCACAAGGCCUUCAGCCGCCCGCUAGAGCUCAGCUACCACGUGGAUGUGCACGACGCCAGCCGUCCCUACUUCUGCCGCCUCUGCCGCAAGAACUUCAGUGGGGCGCGUGCUUUCCGCAAGCACACCAGGAGGCACCAGUCGCAGGAAGGCACCCAACUCGGGGCAUCGGUCGUGGCUGACGCUGCCGUGGCCGCUGGGGACCUUGCCACAGAGGAGGCAAAGUGAGGAAAAAUGCAAGUGACGUCAACGUUUCUCUUCAUUAAAUUCAUCAACCUACUGGCAAGUCAUUUUUGUUUUUGGAGGGCAACAAUGCUUGUUCUGUUUUAGGAGAAUCAAAUUCUAUUAACCAAUCAUUCGUUAAUUUAUUCCUUCAUGUUGAACAUGGCCUAACCUAAAUUCAAAUCACUAAGCCUGCUGUACUUUGAAGCUCAAAUAUCGAAACUGUUACACUGGGUUGAAAUGCUAAACUGAUUCCUGUAUUUAUUUGCAACCCCAACUUGUGCUUGAAACACAUCUUAAAUUCAUCCCCAACCUCA